AUGGCAUUAAAAGAUGCUUAUGGCAAAGAAAUUGAUCGAAAGAUUCAAUUGGGGUAUUACAAGAGAGUAGAUCAUUCAGAAUGGGCUUCGACUACGCAUAUUGUUGCAAAGAAAAACGGUGGUAUUCGCAUUACAGGCAAUUACAAACCUACAGUUAACCCGCAAAUGAUAAUUGAUGAACAUCCAAUUCCGAAAGCGGAAGAUUUAUUUAAUAAAAUGAAAAAUGCAACAAUUUUUUGUCAUCUUGAGGUAACAGAUGCAUACACCCAUCUUACAAUUGACGAAGAAUUUGCACAUGUAUUAACUCUAAACACAAUCACGCAUGCGUUAGUACGUCCAACACGUGCAGUUUAUGAAGCAGCAAAUAUACCAGCGAUAUGGCAGAGGAGAAUGGAGACAGUACUACAUGCGUUAGAAACCAUUCUAAGCCGUAUUAAGUUAAGUUGGCUGCGUCUAAAUAAGUCGAAGUGUGUAUUCGCCACAACAUCUGUGGAGUUUCUUGGUCAUCGAAUUGAUGCACAUGGCGUGCAUAAAUUCCAGAAACAUGUCGAAGCAAUAUUGAAUGCGCCCAAACCAUCAACGGUUGAAGAGCUUCAACUUUUCUUAGGGAAAGCAACAUACUAUGGCGCGUUCAUUCCGGAUUUGGCUACAAAGGCGCGACCAUUACGGGGCAUGUUGAAAACAAAAGAAUUUUGCUGGACGGGAGAGGCAGAUGCAGCAUUUACUCAGUUAAAACAAAUAUUGACUUCACCUCAAGUAUUAAUUCCAUACGAUCCAUCACUACCGGGUCUAGGUGCUGUAUUGUCACAUCGUUUAGAAAAUGGAGUGGAUCGGCCAAUAGCUUAUGCAAGUCGAACGAUGACUACUACGGAACAACGAUAUACACAAAUUGAUAAAGAGGCACUAGCUAUUGUGUGGGCAGUGCAAAAAUUUUUCAAAUACUUAUAUGCUCGUCAUUGGAUAUUGAUCACGGAUCAUAAGCCGUUAUCACAGAUUCUUAAACCUAAUAAAUCGCUUCCAGUACUAUGUAUAAGUAGAAUGGCUAACUAUGCAGAGUUUUUAAGCAGAUUCGAUUUCGAAGUUAUAUAUAAAAAUUCAAAAGCAAACGCAAAUGCCGAUUAUUUGUCACGUGCUUCCCUUCAACAAAUAAAUCAAUUGCAACAAAUAGUAACGACUCAUUCAGAUGAAUGUGAUGAGUUCGAUAAUUUCAUGAUUUGCCAGAUAAAUCAGUUGCCUGUUAAAGCAGAACGUAUUGCAAUAGAAACCAGAAAGGACAAGCAUCUCGGCAAGAUAAUCAGAAUACUGGAAAGUGGCCGCUGUUUAAAAAGAGAAGGUUAUAAAUCGCCAGAAGCGAGUUACGUGUUGUCAUCAGGGUGCUUGACGUUCGAACAUCGGGUCGUUAUCCCUCCACAUUAUCGACAAAGAUUACUAGAGAAUCUACACACAUCGCACUUAGGAAUGGUAAAAAUGAAUAGCAUUGCUCGUUCUUUUAUAUAUUGGCUAGGAAUAGACAAAGAUAUUGAGAAUAUGGCCAAUGAGUGUGAUGGGUGCGCGAGACAAGCGAAUAAGCCGGUGUAA